CAACUUUUGUUUUGCGAAAAGUUUCUGAGAGCGAACUAAACGUCAAGUUAAAAUCUGUGUAUGCGCGUUUUUACUUUCUCUAUGGGUUCUGUAUACAUUUGGUGCAUUUGCUCUGUCGCUCUGACGCGUCUACUUUUUUUCCUCUUUUCCAACAGGCGCAUUUGUUUCUAUGUACCUUUCGGGACCAGGCUGUCGGCUUCUGACUUUGAUGUCCGCUCUUAAACCCUGAGCCCAGUACAUAUUGGAAUAGCCUACAGGAGAUGUGCUGUGCGGCAUGGCUGCGUGAAACACUAGAGGAAAAACGCGGAGAGAAAAUCGCUUUUAAAUUUCCUUUCUGCGACUAGAACAAAAGAACAGAUCGGAAACACGAGAGGAGAGGAGAGGAGCGCCGCUGUACUGGAUAAUAGUGGACUAUUUUUUUUUUCGGACUCGUGGAAAGCGCUGGAGUUUGUGGGGGAACAGAACUCAUGGGUCGAUGAGAGAAGCCGGACAGAGGUGCUCCCCUGCUAACUUCAAGCGAGAGUUGGAGGGAGAUUAGAGCCGAGCUCAGGAGCCACAAGCCGUGCAGCCAUGAACGGGGCGCUUUCGGAGCCGGUGGCCACGAGCUUCCGAGAAGAUGCUCCGCGUCCGCCCGUGCCGGGCCAAGAAGGAGAAGCCAAAAGCCGCAAACUGCCAAGCAGAAUGGCCGCGCUGAGAGGCAAGGAAACGGCCAAAUCGACGCGUCGGGACGAGGAAGGCCUGGGAGAGCCAGAAGGCAGCGCUUCACCAGACUCGCCGCUCGCGCGCUGGACCAAGUCUCUGCACUCGCUGCUAGGCGACCAGGACGGCGCGCGCCUUUUCCGGGUUUUUCUGGAGCGCGAGCGGUGCGCCGACGCGCUCGAUUUCUGGUUCGCGUGUAACGGCUUCCGCCAAAUGGACCUCAAGGACGGAAAGACACUGCGCGUCGCGAAAGCCAUUUACAAGCGCUACGUGGAAGCCGACGGCGUUGUUGGACGGCGCUUAAAGCCGGCAACCAAGACUUUUAUCCGGGACAAUGUGAAGCGACAGCAGAUUGACUCGGCCAUGUUCGACCAGGCGCAGACUGAGAUCCAGAGCAGCAUGGAGGAGAACGCGUACCAGACGUUCUUGCAGUCCGACAUAUACCUCGAGUACGUGCGCAGCGGCGGUGAAAACCCCACUCACAGCAGCCCCGGUGCGCUCGGGAGUCUAAAGCUCGUGUGCGGCUACUUACCCACUCUAAACGAAGAGGAGGAAUGGAGUUGUAAUGACUUUAAAGCUAAAGCCCUGGCUGUGGUCGGACUGUCGGCGAAAGCGCUGCGGUCUGCUCCUGCUCUCAGGACCGUGGACGUGCUGGAGAAAAACUACAGGUCAUAUAGGCGCUGCGAUCCUGCCAACCCGUACCAUGUGGCCUCUGGCUGCAGUUUCGCCCCCACCACCAGUGCCAACGACAGCGAGAUCUCCAGCGACGCCAUGACCGACGACUCCAUGUCAAUGACUGACAGCAGUGUUGACGGGAUCCCGCCGUACAAACUGGGCAGCAAGAAGCAGCUUCAGAGAGAGAUGCAUCGGAACAUGAGAAUGAAUGGCCAGGUCUCACUACCUGCCUUUCCUAGGCCGCGGCGGCCACCAAAGGACAUGACCCCGAUGGAGCCAGCAGCGUUCGCCGCUCAGCUCAUCGCCAGACUCGAAAGGCUGAAGAGAGAACGGGAGACGAUGAGCUCACUGGAGGAGAGACUGCAGCAGAUCCAGGAGGAGGAAGAGCGUGAUGAGUCGGAGAUCGCGUCUUCCUCGCAGCGCCGCUCGAGCGACGACGACCCACAGGCCAUCCUAGAUGAGCAUCUUUCACGCGUUCUCAGGACACCUGGUUGCCAGUCGCCCGGAGUAGCACGCCACUCACCUCGCUCACGCUCACCCGAACCCCGGCCUAUGACCAGGCCCGUGGGUGGCACCGUGCCUCUGCCUGCCUACCCGUCUGGACAAACGUUUGUCUCCAAGCACGUCCAUCACCACUACAUCCAUCACCAUUCGGUGCCCAAGAGCAAGGAACAGAUCGAGGCCGAGGCAGCACGGCGGGUGCAGGGCAUGUGUCCGACCGUGCCCGAGUGCUGUCCGUCGCCAUACACACGCAACCGCAGCCUGGGCCCUGAACAUGGAAACAGCAUCGGCGAUGGCAGCCAAGGAUGUUCAAGUGCUUUACCCAAGCGUCUCUGUAGGUCAGGUGAAGAGGUGAGCAGCGAGAGUGCAGAUAGUGCCACCCUCCAGCUGCCCACUGAUAGCGCUGACCGCUCACAGAAUGUCUGGCAGUGGAUCCUGGAGAGCGAUCGCCAGGCCAGGCACAGGCCACACAGCACUCAGAGCACGAGGAAGCUCUACGGCUCCGAGUCAGCACGCACCCACACUUGGGGCGGGGCAGGCAUUUCUGGGCACCUGCGCACCCACCAGCCUGCUCAUCCGUUCAUCCAGGACCCAGCCAUGCCCCCUCUACCUCCACCCAACACCCUGGCACAGCUGGAGGAAGCGCGCCGACGGCUGGAAGAGGUUUCCAAACCCACAAAACAGAGGCAUACAACACAAGGCCUUCAAAGAGAAAAGAGCCAUGCCGUGCCUGUUCAGACUGGAGCUGCAUCUCUCCAGAGCCAGGCUCUUCAAACAGAGCACCCAAAAGAGCCAAAGAAGCCUCCUGGCAGCCAUGCCAAUGAAACUGUGGUCACAUACUUCUUCUGUGGUGAGGAGAUCCCCUACCGGCGCAUGAUGAAGACACACAGCCUCACCCUAGGCCACUUCAAAGAGCAGCUCCGCAAGAAAGGCAACUACAGGUACUACUUCAAGAAGGCCAGCGACGAGUUUGAGUGCGGAGCCGUGUUCGAGGAAGUGUGGGACGACGGCACCGUCCUUCCCAUGUACGAGGGCAAAAUCCUGGGAAAAGUGGAACGAACAGACUAAAAACAAAAAAAGCUCCUCAUGUGAACACAUGAACAAUCCUCUAACUUGCCACUCGAGGCCAACAAGCGAAGAAACGGACUUCUACAUAGACCUGUAUUUUCAAAGAUAAAGAAAUUUUAAUAUAUCCACACACACACAAAAAAAAAAACUCUUUUUUUUUUUUUUGUUUUGGCUCAUCAAGCUAUUGAAGGAAUACUAGCCAAUGAAGUAUACCAACUGGUGGAGGACUCCAGCAAAGCAGCCUGGGAGAUCAGGCACCUUAACUAUCAUUCGUCACGGUCAAGAGACGUUAUGAGUAUACCACUGUCUGAAGAUGCGGGUGACUGUAUGUGGUUUUGGAUUUUAUUUUUUUUUGAGGGAUCACUACAGAGCCGGUGCAUCCCGCACCAUGGACUGCUGACCAAGAUUUAGUUGUGUUAAUUGCAGGUGUUUGUGUGUGCGUGAAUGUGUGAGUGUGUGUAUACAGAGGUAUGUGCACGUUAUAUUGUGCUUUUGUAACAAGUAAAAGAAUAUUAAUAUUUAUUAAAACUGUCAUGUCCCUCCUGCCCCAUGUCCAGCUUAAUGGACAAGCUGCUUAGUUGAAUUGGGAGAUAUUUUUUUUCCAAUGUAACACAUGCAUGGUCAUAAUGCUCGAGUCCCCCCUUAUAAUUAAACGCUAGGAGUCUCUAAGGGUGUUUUCACACCUGGUCCCCUUUAAAGGAACCAGACUCAGUCCUCUUUAAGUGGACCAAAAAGUGGACCAACAGAAAAAGAACUCAGUUCUUUUUGUGUUCACACUGUGAAUUUAUUACAAAGAGGACUGGGUUCUCUUUCUGGUCCAGUUAAGCUUUGAUGGGGCCUCAGUCCUCUUUCUGUUCACACCAGGUCCUCUAGAGCCCUCAGACCCCCAGUGCACGGAAUUCUGGGUAAUUUUCUCUUGAAUCAAAAUGUCUGCUGCCAUGCUUGCCCUGCUGUAUUCUUUGAUCAAAAUAGUGCGGAUUAAGGAAAAUAAAUGUAUUCCAGCAGCUGUGGUAAGUUCCAAAAGGAAGUUGAGUUUCCCUGCUACAGUCACGUGACCAACUACGGCAAACGAAGAAGGUUAAACUACAGUGAAAAAGGCGAAGUGAACCCGGUGCGCUUUUUGUUCAUAAUGCGCAGAUUAGGCGAACCGUACCGUUGAUUUUUAGCGAACCGUACUGAGACCACCUCCUGAGGUGGUCUCAGUUCGGUUCGCUUUAAAGGGGUCUGGGUACGGUUGGAGUGUUCACAUAUGCGCAAAAAAUGCUGAGUCAUCAAUCUGAGUUCGGUUAGAUGGCUGAAAGGGACCAAGUGUGAAAACACCCUAAUGCUGUCCAAUGAGGAGAUCACUUCCACUCUGGGACCACCCAAGUUUUCUCAAAACCCUCUCUGGUGAUUCGCUAUUUGCUCUGCAUCCAGGGCUCUUGUCCCAUUUCGCAUCAUAGUGCCUUUGAUUUUUUUGAGCCCAGGAAUUACACAGGAUCAAACCACCUUGGCAAAGAGCCUUGAGCAUUAUUGUAAAACAAGAACCAAAAAAAAAAACACAUGUACAUCCUGAUAUUAUUAUCCAGCAACGCUGAUGUCUUAAUCCCACUGAACAAAAAUUGUGGCCUUUCUUCAUUUCAGCACCAUUGAAAUAGAAACAAGCAGGACGUUGAGAAGUUCUGGUGGACCCAGUGUGGAAGUUCUCUCCAAAGUGGUGAGUGUGUACCGAGUUACAGAGAAGUACAGAGCUCCUGGACAGGGUGUAGUUGUGCAUUGGCAUCAGCAGAGGAGGAGAGACGAAUGUCAGUGUUUUAGACUGCAGUACCUGUGCCUACAUGGAUACCAUGCCGUGUGCUGCCCUGCUUCAGGGUGUAAUAUUCCCUUGCUUUUCCAAAGGGGUUUAUGUUGCAAAGAUUUUUUUUAAUGCUAUGGAUAUCUUGUUAUCUAUUCUGUUUUUUUUUUUUGUUGUUGUUGUUGUUGUUGUGUUUUUUCUGUUCCACAUAAAUGUAAAUUAUGCAUUAUAUAGAGCAUCAUUUUAAAGAUGACUUGGUACUUUAAUUAUUGUAAUUAUGAAGAGAUGUAGCCUUUAUUAAAUGUUUAUAUUUUUCAAAUGAA